AUGUGUUCGAUAAUUACUCAUUAUAUCCACAGGUACGUUCACUCACCCAUACAGUUAGUGCCAAUGGAUUCGUCCUUGAUCAUUUCGUACCGAUCGCCACCGCUCGCCACGUACUUGGACAUGAGCAACGUGUACUUUUUGUCCGGAUUGAUCGGCUCGUACGACGGCAACUUACAUUCCGAGCAACGUAUCGUAGCAGACUUCACCCUGGACCCGACGGCGUUUUUCUUGUCGUAA